CCAACAACCACAACUGCUGCUCCCUCCACUACAACUCUAGCUCCAACAACCACAACUGCUGCUCCCUCCACUACAACUUUGGCUUCAACAACCAAAACUGCAGCACCAACCACCACAACUGUGGCCCCAACAACCACAACCUCAGCACCUACUACCACAACCUCAGCACCAACCACCACAACUGUGGCUCCAACUACCACAACCACAGCAUCACCCACUACAACUCAGGCUCCAACAACCACAACUGCUGCUCUCUCCACCACAACUCAGUCUCCAACAACCACAACUGCUACUCUCUCCACCACAACUCAGUCUCCAACAACCACAACUGCUGUUCCCUCCACCACAACUUCGGCUCCAACAACCACAACUUCAGCACCAACCACCACAUCUGUGGCCCCAUCAACCACAACUGCUGCUCUCUCCACGACAACUUCGGCUCCAACAACAACAACUGCACAACAAACAACCACAACUCCAAAAACCACAACUGCUGCUCCCUCCAUCACAACUUCGGCUCCAACAACCACAACUGCACAACAAACAACCACAACUCCAACAACCACAACUGCUGCUCCAUCCACCACAACUUCAGCACCAACAACCACAACUGCAGCACCAACCACCACAACUCUGGCUCCAACAACCACAUCUGCUGCUCCAUCCACCACAAUUUCCGCUCCAACAACCACAACUGCUGCUCCAUCCACCACAAUUUCCGCUCCAACAACAACAACCGCAACACCAACCACUACAACUGUGGCCCUAACAACCACAACCUCAGCACCAACUACCACAACCUCAGCACCAACCACCACGACAGUGGCUCCAACUACCACAACUGCUGCUCCCUCCACUACAACUUCGGCUCAAACAACCACAACUGCAGCACCAACCACUACAACUUUGGCUUCAACAACCACAACUGCUGCACCAACCACUACAACUGUGGCUCCAACAACCACAACUGCUGCUCCC